UUGUUCUCCCGUGAGAACACUCUCCUUUAACACACAAAAAACUCACGGUUACGUGAGCUGUAUGAUAGAGCAUUUUUUUUUUCAGUCUAAAUAAAAGGAGAAUAUCUUGUGCUCGAGGAUACAGGUCUUGACCAUUGCAUUUGAAAAUGGCGAUUGAGAACGUGCUUCCGGCCAACUUUGGCUAUGCGAUUUUUACAUAUAUGUAUAGUUUUGUCAUGUUGACAUAUCUCGCGCUCAAAGUUGGUGGUGCAAGAAAGAAGUAUGGGAUAAAGUAUCCCACCAUGUACAGUGAUAAGGAGCUCAUUUUCAACUGUAUUCAGAGAGCGCACCAGAACACACUAGAGGUGUAUCCACAGUGGCUGGUGUUUCAGACUAUUGCUGCAUUAGAGUAUCCUAUUGUUGCCUCUGUGUUAGGAGUCAUCUGGAUAACGAGCAGAUUCUCUUAUGCCUGGGGUUACUACACGGGUCAUCCUGCUAAGAGGAUGCAUGGUGCAUACGGUUACAUCGGGCUGUUUGGAGUCAUUCUGCUCUCUAUCUCUGUGGCUCUCAAACUGUUGGGAGUCCUUUAAGGGAAACACCAUACAACAUAAAACCAAUCCUUGCCACUUAAUGUAGUCUUCAGCAAGUCUUUUUUCACUUUUUUACACUUUUUUUUUUUUUUUUUUUUUAAUUGCAUUGUUCCAUCCUGUAAUUUUUACAUAUAUAAUAUUCAAUCACAUGUAAUCAACUUUUUAGACUUUCAUACUCAAGCUUUAUGCUGUAUUUCUCAGAUUUCAAUUAAGGUGACCAGAUAAUCAUUUCAUGAUGCUUUUGUGCAGAUGACCUGGGUUUGAGUCUAGUUUAGGUCAUUUUCGUUUGUGUACCACGGUCUGUAUAGGAUAUUUUAGGUGCAAAACUAAUAACUACUUUAGGCAGCAUAUCAGAGACUGUCCUGAUUUGAUUAGGAUGUACUGUCACCCUAUGUUAUGUUAAUAAAUUCAGAGAAAUUAAUAAUAAAAUGUCUGUGUAAGA